GAAAUCUUAUAGGAUUAUAACUCAGUCACAAUAUUAAUACAUUGAGGAAGUGUUUCUGUAUGCUGUUGUGUAGCAUCCAACACUUCUUUAUUAGUUUGUUCGGCUGUGCAUGCAUUUGAAUAAAAACUAGGGUGAGGCUCUAAAUUUACACGACCAACAGAAAUUUAACCUACAGGGAAUAACAUUGCCAGUGAAAAUAGAGCAAGCAAGCCAAUUUAGAUGAAGAAUGUGGAUGCAGAACUGGAGAAUGGAUUAUGCAUAUUAGAAUUUGCCUACAGUGGUACUUUGGACUUGUACAGUAGUGUUGCAGUGCUGUUGCGUUAGAUGCCUGGUUGAACAAGCACUUUUUUUGGGUAUAUUUAGAGCCUGAACAAAGAAAUGAUGCAGGCGUGUAUCUUGAUGUACAGAUCACCUUGUGUUAAGUGAGGCAAACUGAUUCGAGCAUGAUAACAGAUGGCCUGAUUGGUAGCAUGUUGUGCCACGGUGAACCUCUCCAAGAAACACUGGCAACAAUCUGAAUGCUGCGUUUCAACCUACAUAGUUGUACCAAACAGGAAAAAAAGCACAUCCAAUCAACAGCAAGUAUGUAGUGUAUGUCCAGCAUCUGUGACAAUAGUAUAGUGGAUUUGUCUGCACAGCUGCACACUAAAACAGCCUUGUCUUUUGGGAAUCCUAAAAGACAAAACUUAAUUUUGUAUUCCUCCACUUUUACUAUAUUUACAAUCUGGAACUCAAAGCAUCCCAGAGCAGUGGAGGACUGUACUACACAAGGCUGGAUACAAGAUUGAAAGAAAUACUGAGCUUCCUGCCUCCCUCAAUGGCAGUUAGAUAAUGAAUCUCUUUGCUAUUAUAAUUCAAACAAACAAAACCUUCAAAGUGUUGAAGGUUGCACGGGACUGACUUCACCAUGGCAUAUCUCCUUAACUUCUUUGUUCCAGUCGUGUUGGACUGAGUAGAAAAUAAAGACGACUCCCACAGUAUUACUAUUGGGAAUCACAGUGUCUGACUCGCAACAGUAAGGUUGUAGUACCAGCAUCUUUAUCUUUUAUUGGGCAUAAUUGUAAGAUUCCUGUGGGGAUAGCUUAUCUAAAUACACUUUCAUCAUUGCUUCCUCAGCACUCCUCUCUCACUGCAACUUGCUUUUGUUAUUUUUUCAAACGGCUCUUUCAUGAAUCAUAAAGGACCCCUGCCAUGUGAUGUUUAAAUGCUGAAAAAACAUUUAUUAAGAUAGAGCAUAUGUCUGAAAUUGGAGGCAUAAUGACUUUGUUAUGAGAGAUCUAUGACUUUUUUUUUACAAACGACUAACAUUUACAAUUGCAGCACAGCUGGAGGGCCUAUAAAUACUCACUGAAAUAAUGAUUAUUUAUUGAUAAUGAAUUGUUUAUAACCACAGAUGGCUUAAUUUAUAUACAGAGGGGAAACUAGUUUGGGCACAAAUUCAGUUAAACAAGUCAGACAGGUGGACAACAUAUGAAGAACAUAAUGCCACAACAACAUCAGCGACAAUAAAACACCAAAAAAAGACAUUCCUAGAGAACAUCAGUGUAGCUCAGGAGUCAGACUAGCCACUAAAUUAAGGAAUAUUAUAUUGAUACAAUUAAUCACUUCAUGAAUAAAAAGCCCAUCAUAAAGACCAAUGAAUUCUACAAAAUGUCAUAACAGAAACAAUGAGGGAGUCACAACUAUCCAGAUCCAAAGUGGUUACAAAUUUCUGAUCAAUACUCUGAAAUCACCCAGGUAUCUGCAAAUAUAUUGAUUUUGUGUUUAAUAAUAAUAUAUUUUUUUAAUUAUAGUGCUCUUCCAGUUCAUAUCUGGUGCCCCAUAUUGUUUCUUUAUUUUAAUUCCUGCUCUGACUGGCCUUUACUUUCUGUGGUGCAUCAAUAUCUUGAACACAAAAGAUAAUUCACAUUCAAAUAAAUAGUUUCUCUAUUAAAUUGGCCACUUGAUGGAUUGGUUUAGAUAAUAAUAUUAUUAAACUCCCGUCUUUUUCUCCUGCAUACCUCCCUGGUAUUGGCAGUAAUUUGUGGGCAGACGACAGCAGCUCACCUGGCUGCAGGCGUUUGAAUGGCAGGUGAAUAACCCAGUGUGUGGUGAGGCAAUGAUUCGUGGGCAUCCUGUUUCUCUCGGUCCCGCUGCUGCUAUAUGAUAGCCGGAGUUUUAUUCCGUGUCUCAGUCAGCAGACAUGCUGCCUCCCCUGCCAAGCAGUAAGAGCUGUCCUGACCGCGACGACGACCACAUGAAACGGUGUCCUGCUGUCUGCAGCUGAGUUCAACCGGGGUCGAUUGGGCAUCAUGUAGGGCCCUCAGGGGAUGAAACCCGGUACCGUAAGACUGAUGCUUGCAGUUACUUUUUUAAUUUCAUCUUGGAGGUACUCAGAAAUGUUCAAGAUGAUCCAAAUAAUCUGUCUGGCGAUGCUGCUUCCCAACGUGGUUCACUCGGCUCAGGGUCAUAAUGCUCAGAAGCUGCUGAAUGAUUUGAUGGAGAAUUAUUCCAGCGCACUGCGGCCUGUGGAAGACACAGACAGGGCGCUUAAUGUCACUUUACAGAUCACCCUCUCUCAGAUCAAAGAUAUGGACGAGAGGAACCAGGUGCUGAUCGCCUACCUGUGGAUUAGGCAGACAUGGCAUGAUGCUUACCUGAAGUGGAAUAAAGAGGACUACGAUGGACUGGAGGUAAUCCACAUCCCCAGCAGCCUAGUGUGGAGGCCCGACCUUGUCCUCUAUAACAAGGCUGAUGAUGACUUCUCAGGGCCGAUGGACACCAACGUGAAACUGCGCUACAAUGGAGAGAUUACCUGGGACGCUCCUGCCAUCACCAAGAGCUCUUGCGUGGUGGACGUCUCUUACUUCCCCUUUGACAGCCAGGAAUGUAACCUGACUUUUGGUUCCUGGACCUACAAUGGAAACCAGGUAGACAUCAUUAUGGGCAUGGACAGCGGUGACCUGUCAGACUUUGUGGAAAACGUAGAGUGGGAAUGCCACGGGAUGCCGGCCACCAAGAACGUCAUCAUGUACGGCUGUUGCUCUGACCCGUAUCCAGACAUCACCUACACUGUGCUGCUGCAGCGCCGCUCCCGCUUCUACAUCUUCAACCUCCUCCUACCCUGCUUCCUCAUCUCCUUCUUGGCUCCUCUCGGAUUCUACCUGCCCGCAGACUCCGGGGAGAAGGUUUCACUGGGAGUGACGGUUCUUCUGGCUCUCACUGUGUUCCAGCUAAUGGUGGCCGAAAGCAUGCCCCCCUCAGAGAGUGUGCCGCUUAUAGGGAAGUACUAUAUUGCCACUAUGACCAUGGUCACAGCCUCCACAGCUCUCACCAUCUUCAUCAUGAACAUCCAUUUCUGUGGUGCAGAGGCCAAACCAGUUCCUCACUGGGCAAAAGUCCUUAUCAUUGACUACAUGUCCAAGAUUUUCUUUGUGUAUGAGGUGGGUGAGAACUGUGCCACUGCCUCCUCUACCUCUUCCUCGUCUUCUCACUCCUCCCACGAUGACAUCCGUCACAAGCACCUCAACUCCCACAUUCAGGCGAAUGGUAAGCCGGGGAGCCGAAGUAGCCGAAACGAGCGGCAGGGCCACAAGCACCCUAGGCCCCAGACCCCCAAACCGCAACAUCAUCCCAGAGUGAAAGCCCAGCACCACAUCACCAGGGAGGAGAGGAGCCACCUCUCAAGCUUUGCACCUGGGAGGUACGAAGGCUCUAAUGGGAAAAUUCCUACAGGUGACUGCUGUAAAGAAGACCAGAAAGUCCCAUGCUGCCCUGAAGACCAAAAGCUUCCCUGCUGCCCUGAAGACAAAAAGCCUCCAACCCAAAGCCCCACCGUAACCUUUGGCCCCUGUGUGUUCUGUAGCCACGGCAGCAGCAUCCCUGGUGUGGACACCAAGCUGGUCCGCAAUGUUGAAUACAUUGCAAACUGUUUCCGAGAGCAGAGGGCCACAUGCGCCAAGGGGGCAGAAUGGAAGAAGAUUGCUAAAGUCAUGGACAGAUUCUUUAUGUGGAUCUUCUUCAUCAUGGUUUUCCUCAUGAGCAUCCUCAUCAUUGGCAAAGCACCAUGAACAAGAAGAGAUUUUUUUACAUUUGACUUAGUAAACUAUUUUUGGUCAAAGAAAAAAAAGUUGUAUGUUCAGUGUUUUUGGACAUGUAAAUACAAAACAUGCUGUAUUCUUUAACAUUAACUAAACAUUAAAACAGUUUCUUUAUAAUUUA